CUCUGACCGGGCAGGACGGGGUAGCACCGCCCCCGAGGACCUGGGGCUUCCCUUCCGGUCCCCACAGCCCCAGGGUCCCGCCGAGCGCCUAAAGCAGCCUGGCCGCGGGGUCGGGCUUUGCCUGUCACGCGGCGGGAGGAGGUAGCCCCGCCCACGAGGGCGGGUCUCCAGGACGGAGCUUCCGGUGAUGGGGGCGCGCGCCCGGCUGGUGGGGUUGGUGCGCGCUGGGCGCACCCGUGUGCCCGUCACCGUCUGCGAGGCGGCCGCGGGCCCCUCAGAAGUUCAGGGCUAGACCCGUCCCCGGGCCGCGCCGGAGGGAGCCCGAGGAGCGCCGGCGGCCUUUCCUUGCGGGUCACAAAGGGAAACGCGAAGUGGAAGUGCGGCAGGUAACUGAGCUCCAGCUGCUCUUCUUCCCUAAGAAGAUCCAUGAGACACUCCUCAGUUUAUCCAGUUACUUUCCCUCGUCCUCACUGAGACGCGUGCAGCUCCAGUAGCAGUUUUCCAAGAUUUCCCAGGACUGAGAGGUUUCCCAGGAGGCAGACUAGCAUUCCAGAGCUGCCCCAGGAAAACUGGGUAGAGUCGGUGCUGCUCUUAAUGGUGGAGUUUGUAGUCUGAGAUCACCUAAGUGGGUCAGAGCAUCCUCAGCACUAGGUCUUGGUUGAGACGCCAGAAUGAGAAGGCGCAAGAGUCCUGGUCCCCACCAACCAGCCUCCCCGGUGACAAGUGCGGGGCCUGGGACAGGGACCACUGUGCUCCUGGCUGCCUCCUCUCCUGCCAUCCUCACCCCGUUCAACCCACAGAGGCCCCCAGCUGAUGUUCCUGUGAUCUUUGAGGAUGUUGCUGUGCGCUUCUCUAAGGAGGAAUGGUGCCUCCUUGAUGAGGCUCAGAGACACCUGUUCCUCGAAGUGAUGCUGGAGAACUUUGAACUCAUAUCCUCUCUAGGUUGCUGCUGUGGAGCAGAGGAUGUGGAGGCACCUAUUGAACAGCAUGUUUCUGUGAGAGUGUCACAGGCAAAGAACCCCAAUGUAGCUGUGUCCUCCCAGAAGAGCCACCCCUGUGAGAGUUGUGGACUAGUCCUGAGAGACAUUUUCCACUUGGUUGAGCAGCAGGGAACACAACACAGCCUGAAACUAUUGAGGUGUGGGGCAUGUGCAAAGCAGUUUUAUUUCAGCAAGAAAGCCAUUGGCUGCAACCAGAAGCUUGCUCAGGACCAUGGUGUCUGUAAUGGAAUACAGUGUUUUGUGUGCCGUGAAUGUGAAAAAUCUUUUACAAAAAUCUCUGAUUUCCAUUAUCAUCAGAAAUUGCACACAGGAGAAAGUCCAUACGAGUGCAGUGAAUGUGGGAAAUGCUAUAAUCAACACUCCAAGCUUAUUCGACACCAGCGACUUCAUUCUAAAGAAAAGCUUCAUGAGUGUGGCGAAUGUGGGAAAUUCUUUAGCCACAGUUCAACCCUCGUGCAACACCAGAGAGUUCACACUGGAGAAAAGCCAUAUGAGUGUGGUGAAUGUGGAAAAUUUUUUACCAGUAUCUCUUGUCUUUCUCGUCAUCAGAGACUUCACACUGGAGAAAGGCCUUAUAAGUGCAGUGAAUGUGGGAAAUCUUUUACCACUAGUGAUGGCCUCCGUUAUCAUCAGAGCCUUCACACUGGAGAAAAGCCUUUUAAGUGCAAUGAGUGUGGGAAAUCUUUUGUCAGGAACUGUCAGCUGAGUUAUCAUCAGAGACUUCACACUGGAGAAAGGCCUUAUGAGUGCACUCAGUGUGGGAAAUCUUUUACCAGUAGGAAGAGCCUCUGUUAUCAUCAGAGACUUCACACUGGAGAAAGGCCUUAUGAGUGCAGUCAGUGUGGGAAAUCUUUUAUCAGUAAGACUAAGCUCCAUUGUCAUCGGAGAAUUCACACUGGAGAAAGGCUUUAUGAGUGCAGUGAAUGUGGGAAAUCUUUUGUCAGGAACUGUGAGUUGAGUUAUCAUCAGAAAUGUCACACUGGAGAAAAGCCUUAUGCAUGCAGUCAGUGUGGGAAAUCUUUUAUCACUAAGAAUAAGCUCCAUUGUCAUCAGAGAAUUCACACUGGAGAAAGGCCUUAUGAGUGCAGUCAUUGUGGGAAAUCUUUUACCCAUAGGAGGAGCUUCAGUCGGCAUCAGAGAAUUCACACUGGAGAAAGGCCUUAUGAGUGCAGUCAGUGUGGGAAAUCUUUUACCAGUAGGAGGAGCCUCUGUUGUCAUCAGAGAAUUCACACUGGAGAAAGGCCUUAUGAGUGCAGUCAGUGUGGGAAAUCUUUUACCAGUAAGGGUAGCCUCCGUUGUCAUCACAGAACGCACACCGGAGAAAGGCCUUAUGAGUGCAGUCAGUGUGGGAAAUCUUUUACCAGUAAGAAUUACCUCCGUUGUCAUCAGAGAAUUCACACUGGAGAAAGGCCUUAUGAGUGCAGUCAGUGUGGGAAAUCUUUUAUCAAUAAGGGUAGCCUCCGUUAUCAUCAGAGACUUCACACUGGAGAAACGCCUUAACAAUCAGUUGCAUCUUCAUCAGAGAGUUCACAGGAGAACGGGUUCAGGAUUGCUGUGAAUGUGGAAAAUAUUUUGCCAGAAACAGUUACUUUCGUUGUCAUCAGAGACUUUACAGGUGUGCCUAUACUUUUGAAAGGAAUUACUUUGAAAGAUCUUGCAAAGGGCCAUGUAUCCUAAUGUUUGUAAUUCCAUGUGUGAUGGUCACUUGGGUAUAAGAUAGAUGGGUUUAGGGCAAAGCAUAAUUACUACAGAAUCACUGGCCUAAUAGGCAUUGUGCAUAAUUCUUAAAAUGGAGAUAGGUUUCAUUUAUCUUCAUGUAUAACUCAUAAUACGAUUUCCAAGUCAGAGGAGAGGAUAAUGUUUAAGUUAAAGAUAUUAGGAAGUUGUGAUUUAAGCCAAUUGCAUGUUUUUGCAUUCUUCCAGCAGUGUAUGACAGAGUUAAUGCCUCCACAUCCUAGAAAAGGUUUGCUCAGUCCUUUAUUUAAACUUUUUUGUAACUUUGUCAUGCUAUAUUUACUGUUGUUCUAUUGCAUUCUUCCUAAGGCUUAAUGGUGAGCCUUUUUUCAGAUGUGCAUUUGCUAUCUCUAUUUUUGGUUAAAUGUCUGAGCAUAUGUUCUGCCAAAUCUAUGAAUUUUGGCAAGUUUCUUUAACAAACGGACAGUGAAACAAAAAUGCAGGUUAGAACUUCACUCAUUUUGUGUCUUUUUUGCUUUGUAGGAUAAGUGUUUUUCAUAUUGGAAAAAAAUAAACUAAACAAUUGACUUAAGAUAAAGGUCUUAUUUCAUUCUUUGC